UUCCGCGGCGCGCCGCGGAUCGAAACGCCGAGAAUGAAUAUCCCAGUCUCAACCGGUUUCAGCCGGUCUGCAGUUGGAAGCAUGAGCUUAGAGGAAGAGCACCCUUUCACGCCUUGAAACAUCUCAGCUGUGCAACAGUGUGCACGAAUAGAACCAGAAAUAAAACGAGACUCUUUGAAUUCGUUGUUAUGACCCGGAACAGCGCUGUGACUCCGUGAAUCUGUGUUGUUAGCUUAGCUUACCGUUUCAUAGCCAGUCGACCUAAGUUCUCAUUGACUUUUUAUUUAGCAUGCUAACCUGCUGUUAGCUUAGUGGGAGUCGGUUAGUGACAUUACUCCGAAGGAAACGCUUUUAAAGUGAAUGUGGAAACAGAGUUUAACUUCUGUUAUUUUUUCUUUACAAUUAUAACCGGAAGUAUCAAUUAUAAGAAAACGUUAAAUUUGCUCUGGCUUAUUAGUUGUCAUCCGGGGAAGCUAGCAUUAGCCUUUAGCUUUCGAAUCUGCGGAGUAACGUAAACGCGUACCAUGAGAUAACGCAGAACAAUUUUCCACGUAUUUGGAGUUUUUUUUUAAAUAAUCAUUUGAUCUUCCGAGUUACAUCAGCGACCCAAUUCUUUUCACAAGCCCAGAGCACUAACCAGGGAUCUCUAUGCCAGCAGAAAUGACGAUGUUGGCCGAUCAUCCAGCAAGACAGCUGCUGGACUUCACUCAGAGGUUGGACAUCAACCUGCUGGACAACGUUGUCAACUCCAUGCACCAUGACAUCGGAUCCCAGCAACGGGUGGCCCAAGAGGUGCUCACUAACCUGAAGGACCAUCCGGAUGCUUGGACGAGGGUGGACACCAUCUUGGAGUUUUCUCAGAACAUGAAAACCAAGUACUAUGCUCUGCAAAUCCUGGAGACGGUCAUCAAAACUCGCUGGAAGAUUCUUCCCAGAAACCAAUGUGAAGGGAUCAAGAAGUACGUCGUCGGGUUAAUUAUUAAGACUUCUUCAGAGCCUGGAAGCUUGGAGACUGAGGGAGUUUACAUUUCCAAACUCAACAUGAUCCUCGUGCAGAUCCUGAAGCAGGAGUGGCCCAAACACUGGCCCACCUUCAUCAGUGACAUCGUGGGGGCGAGUCGGACGAGCGAGAGCCUCUGUCAGAACAACAUGAUCAUCCUCAAACUGCUCAGCGAGGAGGUUUUUGACUUCUCCAGUGGCCAGAUGACCCAGGUAAAGGCCAAGCACCUGAAAGACAGCAUGUGCAACGAGUUCUCCCAGAUAUUUCAGUUGUGCCAGUUUGUAAUGGAAAACUCCCAGAAUGCACCUCUGGUCCAUGCAACUUUGGAGACUCUUCUCCGCUUUCUGAAUUGGAUUCCUUUAGGUUACAUCUUUGAGACUAAAUUGAUCAACACGCUGGUCUACAAGUUCUUGAAUGUUCCCAUGUUUCGAAACGUGACGCUGAAAUGUCUGACGGAGAUCGCCGGCGUGAGCGUUAACCAGUACGAGGAGCAGUUUGUCAGUCUGUUCACCCUCACUAUGUGCCAGCUCAAACAGAUGCUGCCGUUGAACACUAACAUCAGAAUGGCCUACGCAAACGGGAAGGACGACGAACAGAAUUUCAUCCAAAACCUCAGUUUGUUCCUUUGCACCUUCCUCAAAGAACACGGUCAACUCAUCGAGAAAAGACACAACCUGCGCGAAACACUCAUGGAGGCUCUGCAUUACAUGCUGCUGGUAUCAGAGGUGGAGGAGACGGAGAUCUUUAAGAUCUGUCUGGAGUACUGGAACCACUUGUCAGCAGAACUCUACAGAGAGAGUCCUUUCUCCACCUCCAGCACCCCACUACUGUCAGACGUGCCCCCACGCCGACACCUGUAUCUGGCCGUCCUCUCACAGGUCCGCCUGCUGAUGGUGAGCCGCAUGGCCAAACCAGAGGAGGUGCUGGUGGUGGAGAACGACCAGGGGGAGGUGGUCAGGGAGUUUAUGAAGGAUACAGACGCCAUCAAUCUGUACAAGAACAUGAGGGAAACACUAGUUUAUUUGACCCAUUUGGACUACGCCGACACCGAGCGCAUCAUGACGGAGAAGCUCCACAACCAGGUGAACGGCACCGAGUGGUCCUGGAAGAACCUCAACAUGCUCUGCUGGGCCAUCGGCUCCAUCAGCGGCGCCAUGCACGAGGAGGACGAGAAGAGGUUCCUGGUGACCGUCAUCAAGGAUCUUCUUGGCUUAUGCGAGCAGAAAAGAGGCAAAGACAACAAAGCUAUCAUUGCCUCAAACAUCAUGUACAUCGUGGGCCAAUAUCCGCGCUUCCUGCGAGCCCACUGGAAGUUCCUGAAGACCGUCGUCAACAAGCUGUUUGAGUUCAUGCAUGAGACCCACGACGGCGUGCAGGACAUGGCGUGCGACACCUUCAUCAAGAUCGCCCAGAAAUGCCGGCGGCAUUUUGUCCAGGUCCAGGUGGGAGAAGUGAUGCCCUUCAUCGACGAGAUCCUGAACAACAUCAACACCAUCAUUUGUGACCUGCAGCCUCAGCAGGUUCACACGUUUUACGAGGCAGUGGGCUACAUGAUUGGAGCUCAGACUGACCUGUCGGUUCAAGAGCUGCUGAUAGAGAAGUACAUGCUGCUGCCCAACCAGGUGUGGGACAGCAUCAUCCAGCAGGCUACAAAGAACGUGGACAUCCUGAAGGAUGCAGAGACGGUGCGCCAGCUCGGCAGCAUCCUCAAGACAAACGUCAGAGCCUGCAAAGCUGUUGGUCAUCCCUUCGUCGCCCAGCUGGGGCGCAUCUACCUGGACAUGCUCAACGUCUACAAAUGUCUGAGUGAAAACAUCUCCUCUGCCGUCCAGAGCAACGGCGAGAUGGUGACGAAGCAGCCGCUGAUCAGGAGCAUGCGGACGGUGAAGAGGGAGACCCUGAAGCUGAUUUCAGGCUGGGUCAGUCGCUCCAAUGACCCACAGAUGGUGGCGGAGAACUUCGUGCCGCCGCUUCUGGAGGCCGUGCUCAUCGAUUACCAAAGGAACGUCCCCGCUGCCAGGGAGCCUGAGGUCCUGAGCACCAUGGCAACCAUCGUCAACAAGCUGGGAGUACACAUCACCGGCGAAAUCCCCAAGAUCUUUGAUGCGGUUUUUGAGUGCACUUUGAACAUGAUCAACAAGGACUUUGAAGAAUUCCCGGAGCACAGAACUCAUUUCUUCUACCUUCUUCAAGCCGCCACCUCCCAGUGCUUCCCAGCUUUCCUGGCCAUUGCUCCAGCACAGUUUAAACUCAUUCUGGACUCCAUUAUCUGGGCUUUUAAGCACACCAUGAGGAAUGUGGCUGACACAGGUCUGCAGAUCCUCUACACACUCCUUCAGAACGUGUCUGCAGAAGAGGCGGCGGCACAGAGCUUCUACCAGACAUACUUCUGCGACAUCCUGCAGCACAUCUUCUCCGUGGUCACCGACACAUCUCACACUGCAGGUCUAACCAUGCACGCCACCAUCUUGGCCUACAUGUUUAACCUAGUUGAGGAAAACAAAGUCAGCGUGGCUCUGAGCACCACCCAUCCCACCAACAACUUACUGCAUGUCAGGGAGUACGUCGCCAAUCUGCUGAAAAUGGCCUUCCCACACUUACAAGACGCCCAGGUGAAAGUCUUUGUCACGGGCCUGUCCAGCCUAAACCAGGACAUCCCAGCCUUUAAGGAGCACCUGAGGGACUUCCUCGUGCAGAUCAAGGAGUUUGCCGGUGAGGACACAACAGAUCUCUUCCUUGAAGAGAGAGAAGCAGUUCUUCGCCAAGCCCAGGAGGAGAAACACAAGCUCCAGUUGUCUGUUCCCGGCAUCCUCAACCCCCACGAGCUGCCGGAGGAGAUGUGUGACUAAAACAGGCGCAGCCGGCAAAGAACGACGCAACGUCACCUCCCGCCAUUUGCUUUUACCGAUCCCCCUCCACUAGAUUUAAACGUGUGCCAUUGUGGGUGAUGGCGAAGAGGAGUUUGGGUUACUGGACAGUUUCAAAAAAACUUUGACCAAAUAAAUGUUGAUAUGUACAUGAGGAUCAGCCCAUCCCAUUUUCCCUUAAAUGGAGUUUUUGUUUGUUUUAUCUUAUUUUACACGAAACUUUGAGUAAAUGUUUUUUUUUCAAAGUCUUGUCGUUUCUUUUGCUGUUAAAGCUUCAUGUCCGUCUUGUUAUUUCACAUGUGCGUAAAGAUCGAAGAAUAAAAAGGUUAUUUUUUAAUCCCUCCUUGCUCAGUUUAUCUCCUCUUCCACGUGUUAAUAUGUAAAUUAAAAUCCUGAACGUUUGCUCUGGUUUCAGAGGUGCCAAGUUGACUGUACAGAAUGAAUGUGAUGCUUUAGGAUGACAGAUUUGUACUACCUUGAUUUUUCUGUCUGGUUGUUUUUUCACCUUCUUUUGCUCUGAAUUUGUCAGUUGGCUUGUUUUACUUUUGGUUGAAAAGGAAAGUUGUGUGCAAAGUAUUCUGACUGUAAAGCUGAGUAUUCUGACUAUAAAAGUGGCUAUUUUUACAAAGAA